GCUGUUUUCAGCUUAAUAUUUUUCAGAGAACAAGGAGCUCAGAAGCAUGUCGGGGAAGCCCAGGCUUACCUACUUGAAUGGAAGGGGGCGAAUGGAGCCUGUACGAUGGCUGCUGGCAGCAGCUGGUGUGGAGUUUGAAGAAAAUUUUUUGGAAACAAGAGAGCAAUAUCAAAAGUUAAUCCAAGAUGGAGUUCUGAUGUUCCAGCAAGUGCCCCUGGUUGAGAUCGAUGGGAUGAAAAUGGUGCAGACCAGAGCCAUCCUCAGCUACAUAGCAGGGAAAUACAACCUCUAUGGGAAAGACUUGAAGGAGAGAGCCCUGAUUGACAUGUAUGUGGAAGGAAUAGCAGAUCUGAUGCAAAUGAUUUUGAUGUUCCCUUUCUCUCCACCUGAGGCAAAGGAUAAAAAUCUUGACUCAAUUAAGGAGAGAGCAACUACCAGGUACUUCCCAGUCUUUGAAAAGGUUUUGAAACAGCAUGGCCAAGAUUUUCUCGUAGGCAACAAAUUCAGCUGGGCAGAUGUUCAGCUACUUGAAGCCAUUUUAGCAGUGGAGGAGAAAGUACCUGCUGUGCUCUCUGGGUUUCCUCAGUUGCAGGCAUUUAAAAUAAAAAUGAGCAAUAUGCCUACAAUUAAGAAGUUCCUGCAGCCUGGCAGCCCAAAGAAACCCCCACCAGAUGACUGUUAUGUAGAAAAAGUGUUCAAGAUUUUUAAGUGAAUGCCUUGCUGCCUUCAGUGAGACCCAAAAUACUGAAGAGAAAAACAGAAAACAAACAAAAACCACCAC